GUGUGCUGUUAGGAAAGCGGAUUGUUUUCAUCGUGUGGGGAAAAGGUUUCUUAUCCGGCGGGCACCAUGGCUAUGCAAGCGGCUAAACGCGCCAACAUUCGCUUGCCCCCAGAAGUGAACAGAAUUCUGUACAUUCGAAACCUUCCCUAUAAAAUCACCGGGGAGGAAAUGUACGACAUAUUUGGCAAAUACGGACCCAUUCGACAGAUCAGAGUCGGGAACACACCAGAAUCCAGAGGCACGGCAUAUGUGGUCUAUGAAGACAUCUUUGAUGCCAAGAACGCCUGUGAUCAUCUCUCUGGUUUCAACGUCUGUAACAGAUACCUGGUUGUGUUGUACUACAAUCCCAACAGGGCGUUCCAGAAGAUGGACACAAAGAAGAAAGAGGAACAGCUGAAACUUCUAAAGGAGAAAUAUGGAAUCAACACAGAUCCCCCCAAAUAAAACUUCCUCCUUUUUUUUUUUUUUUUUUUUUUAAAUAUCUGACUUUUUUUUUUUUCAUUUUUUGUUAAUUCUUUGCAAGGUUUAUAAAUGUUUUUGAAUCACUGAUUAUGGAAUUCUGUCAUGUGACCUGGUCAAUAUUUCCCAAGAUGCCCGAGUACCACUUUCCCCACAGCUUUGGUUAGUACAGAGGGAACAUAAUGUUCCAGUGGAAUAUAUAUAUAUAUAUAUAUAUAUAUAUAUAUAUAUAUAUAUAUAUAUAUAUAUAUCACGUGAGCAGUAGUUUAUGGAAAUAUCCUGUAGCGCCUUCUAUAAAAUACAAUAUAAUAUAGCUGCCAUUGAAUCUGCUACUGAGAGCUAAACAUUCAUUCUUGAUGGGCUGCAAUGAUGUACAUGUGGCUUAGGAAUAAGGUGGGCAGAGACAGGUAGAAGUUCCAGGUGCGGGUAUAGACGCGGGUCGGCGGUUUUGCGGGUCUGCCCGCAGUUCUUCUCAAUAAAAUUUUUUACUCCUUUUUCUGA